ACACAUAUAAUUAUGCAUACCGUGCUACACAGUAACAUUACUGGUUAUAUUAUGUUUUGAUUACAGUGUAGUUUGUUUACAUUUCUUAUAAAAUAAACUAAUUCGGUUUAUUAUUUGAUAAUAAAUUAAAUAAAACUCUUUUUAUUGUACCAUAAGAAGCUAAAUUUGAAUAAAUGAUUUAAAUAAGACAAUGGAACCAGAAGAGCAUAUCUUGAAAACAGCAGAAACACCGUCUGCGAUAAAGAAACCUUCAUGCCAUAACAAACAUAAAAAUACAAAUGAAUAUGUAAAUAAUUUAUUCAAAAAGCAUUUUUCAAUUUUAAGCAAUGAACAUUAUUCGUUGCCUGAACCAAAAGCAAUGUUCGAAGACAAUCUGUGGAAAGUGGAAGAAUUACAAAUGUUAAAAGAUGAAUUAAAUAAUAUAAAAAGCUAUUUAGAUAAUUAUGAUGCUAUGGAAUGGCAGGCACAUACAAGGUUUAGAAAUAUUGCAAAAGAUGUUAUGACACGUCUAAGAAUUGACAUUGAACCAGAGCUUUUAACUCAAGCAUGGUGUAAAUUUUAUGAAAUAGUUUCAUCCUUUCCUUUGGUACCAGUAAUUCAUAUUAAUCGUAACAAUAAAUAUUUUAAGUCUAUUCAUUUAUGCGAAGCACCUGGAGCUUUCGUUACAUCUUUAAACCAUUGGCUAAAAACUAAUAUACCUGACAUUCAAUGGAAUUGGAUUGCUACAACAUUAAAUCCCUAUUAUGAGGGUAAUCUAUCAUCAGUAAUGAUUGAUGAUGAUAGAUUCAUAAGACACACCUUAAGUCACUGGUGUUUUGGAGAAGACAAUACUGGAAAUAUUAUGAAUUUAAAAAAUUUAGAUGAACUUAUGAAAACGUCAGAACCACAUCAUGAUAUAUUUUUAGUUACUGCUGAUGGUAGUAUAGACUGUACAGAUGUUCCCGCAGAGCAAGAAAGUGUUCUUACGCAUUUACAUUUCUGUGAAACUGUAGCUGCUUUACACCUGUUAGCUACUGGAGGUAGCUUUUUAUUAAAAAUUUUUACUAUGUUUGAGUGCAAUACAGUAUGCCUAAUUUAUUUAUUAUCUUGCUGCUUCAACCAUGUUGAUAUAAUAAAACCAAUAACAAGUAAAGAAGGAAAUUCAGAGACAUAUAUGGUAUGCACAAGUUUUAAAGGACCAACAUUUAUUUCACCCUAUUUAGAAAAGCUUAGAGAAUAUUAUGAAUAUGGUCCUAAGCAGGCAAUAUUUAGUAAACAUGAUAUUCCACUUGCCUUUAUAGAACAGAUCACAGAAUGCAGCAGAUUUUUUAAAACGCAACAAUGUCUAGUCAUAGAGAAUAAUAUUAUUACAUUUAAGUCUGACAAUCGUAAAAUGUUACGUGAUUUGAAACAAAUUCAACAUACGGUUGCUGAUAAAUAUAUAAAGGAAUAUAAUUUAAAAAAACUAGAAUCUGGAGAAAUUGUAGGAAAAGCAAUUGUAUUAGGAAAAAAUACUAAUACGAAUGAACAUAAGAAGACAUUACAAGGAUCGUAUCAUCAACGUCGUGAAAAACAACAUUUAGCACCUCUGGAUCGAUUAGAAAAUUUUUGUAAUGAUUUCAAUCAAUCAAAGCUCUAUAUAUCAUCCAGUACAUGUAGGAAAUUUGAAUUUACCAAACCACCAGAGAAUUUACACAUACGUUCAGGAAAAAUCUUUCAUAGAGCAUAUAAUUCAAAAUUUUGUAGCAAAAGUGCUUUAAAAGUGAAGAAUGAUGUUGAUGACAUCCUUGUUAAAAUGGGGUACAAAAUACAAUUUCCUUCCAUAGAAAAUAUAAGAAAAUUGGAGAACAAGAUUUUUACUAAACCGCAAAAUAAAACUUUAAUCUUUUUUUAUACUGACGAGUAUGAUAGUCAUGAAAUAAUCAGCAAAAUUUACGAUACAAUGCAACAUCUAAACAGUGGGGAAAAUUUAGUUUUAAUUGGUUACUCAUUACUUACUUAUCUUAAUGUUGGGCUUCUUUGUCUUGUGAGCAGUGCAUUUAAUUUAUUAAAAAUAAAAGCUUGCGAUGAUAUAGGAUUGAAAAUUACUUUAAAAAAUUAUAAUUAUAAUCUUAAAACAUUAGAAUUCUUACACGAAAUUAAAACCGCCUCGCUCAACAUUCAAAAACAAGGAAGAGCUGUUUUGGAGAUAAUUCCUGUAUCAGUGUUGUAUGAAGGAUUUGAUUUAUGUUAUUCGGCAGAAGAAUUUAAUCAUUCGGUUAUAAAAACGUACAUUAAUUAUGUACUAUGUGAAAUAAAAGAAAAUAUCGUCGAGGGGAAAAGUAAUACAUGAAAUAUAUGCUCUGUAAAAAGCUAGAACUGUAUCAUUUUUGGUAUAAUAAACACUAACUACAUAUUUGUAAA